AUGGAACCUGAAAGAAGAAAAACCAAGAAAUAUACUUUCAAGAGUUUAGAGGUGGAAGAAUUAAGAAAGUUAGGUUCUUUGAUUAUUGAUCAAGACAAGUUUUAUAGCAAGUAUGGAAGAUUGUUGUAUCUCCUUAGAACCAAGAUGGAAAAAGGAAUCCUUUCCACUUUGAUCCAAUUUUAUGACUCAUUGUAUCAUUGCUUCACCUUUCUGGAUUAUCAACUACUACCUACCUUGGAAGAAUAUUCAAGCAUCAUUGGAUUACCCAUUACUGGAAGAAUUCCUUUCACUGGUUUAGAACAAGAUCCCAAGCUUUAUGAGAUUGCAAUAUCCACUCAUUUGAGAAAGGAAGAAGUUGAAAAGAACAUGGUUACUAAAGGAGGAUUACCUGGACUACCUGCUGAGUUCUUAAUUAAGAAAGCUCUCACCUUGUCACAAGAAAGAAAGGAAGAAGACUUUGAAGUUGUUUUUGCCUUGUUGGUGUAUGGGUUGUUCUUGUUCCGUAAUAUUAAUAACUUUGUUGAUAUGAAUGCCAUCAAGAUCUUUAUGAAGAAGAAUCCUGUUCCUACCUUACUUAGGGACACUUACUAUUCUAUUCAUCUCAGAAAUUCCUAUGGAAAGGGAAUGGUUACCUAUUGUACUCCUUUGCUAUACAAGUGGUACAUAUCUCACAUGCCUGACACCGUUGAAUUCUGGAGCCAAAAAGAAGGAUUGAAAUGGUCAUACAAGAUCAUGACUCUUACCAACACUGAAAUUGUUUGGAUAAACAAUUACUUUUGUAGAAUGAAGACUCUGGAUUGCUGUGGUGAUUUCCCUAAUGUGCCCCUCAUUGGUACAAAAGGAGAAAUCAGUUAUAGCCCUGCGUUAGCUCGUCGUCGAUUUGGGUUUCCUAUAGACAAAAGACCAAGGAACAAUUUAUUAGAAGGGUUCUUUCUUGAAGAGAGAGUUGAAAACAAAGAGUUUAGAGAAAGGAUUGCUAAUGCUUGGCAUCCAAGUCAUAUAUUAGAAAUUAAAGAUUGGAAGACCAAAGGGGAUCUCUCUCCUGAGCCCUUUGAUGGGUGGGUCACUACUGCAAGAGCUACUGAGUUGAGAAUGCAUAUCCUCCCUGGAACAUCUCUCCCUUCUAUAGAGAAACCUCCUCUACCCCAUGUUGCUCCUCCAACAAUUGAAAGCCUCCAAGAAGCUCUAAGGAAGAUGAAGAAAUCAAGAGACCAUUGGAAGAGAAAGUUUGAAAGCGCUGACGCUCAAUUAGGAAUGAUAGAAGAAUCCUAUGAAGAUAUACUGAAAGAAAAGAAUGACCAACUAUUCCUUCAAGAAACUUGGCUCAUAGCUAAGGAUGCUACUAUUUCCAAAUAUGCAAGAGAGAAGAAAAGGAAGAAGGAAGAAAAAGCUCCCCCUCCAAAAGAAGUUGCAUGGAAGAGUAUUAUUGAGAAGCUAGAGAAGGUCAAGUUGAAGAAGAAGAAGAAGAAGACUCAAGAUGAUAUGGAUACUUCUCACUAA